AUGAAAAGUUGGAUUAAGAUGUCCUACCCAGAAAAAUUUCAAGGAAUCGGUAUCGUAGACACUAAAGAUUGGACCCAUCCUAAAAGAGUUACUUACGAACCUAAAGCAUUCGGCCCACAUGACGUUGAUAUCGAGAUUGAAUGCUGUGGGGUGUGUGGUUCCGAUAUCCAUACGGCUGCUUCACACUGGAGAGAACUCAGAGAUAAGAUGGUUGUUGGUCAUGAAAUUGUAGGUAGAAUUGUUAAGCUGGGUCCUGAAUGUGAUUCUGGAUUAAAAAUUGGCGACAGAGUUGGUGUCGGAGCACAAUCUUUUUCCUGUUUGGAAUGUGACCGUUGUAAAGAGAACAAUGAACCGUACUGUCCAAAAUUUGUCAGUACAUAUAACAGGCCAUACGACGAUGGCUAUAUUUCCCAAGGUGGCUACGCUUCCCAUGUCAGAUUGCAUGAGCAUUUUGCCAUUCCAGUUCCAGAUGAAAUUCCUAGUGAAUUAGCAGCUCCAUUAAUGUGUGGCGGUAUCACAGUAUUCUCUCCAUUACUAAGGAAUGGUUGUGGCCCAAACAAAAAGUUGGCAUCGUCGGUAUUGGUGGUAUUGGGCAUAUGGGCGUACUGUUUGCUAAGGCAAGUGGGCGCUGAAGUGUACGCCUUCUCUCGUACCAAUUCUAAAAGAGAAGAUUCAGUGAACUUAGGCGCUGAUCACUAUAUUGCUACUAUGGAAGAAAAAGACUGGGAAGAAAAAUAUUAUAAUACUUUAGAUUUGGUAGUUGUUUGUGCCUCUUCUCUGACAGAGAUUAACUUUGAUAAGUUCGUGAAAGUGAUGAAGAUCGGAGGUACUAUUAUCUCUAUUGCAGCGCCUCAUAAGGACCAAAAGUUAGUCUUGGCUCCAUUAGGAUUAUUGGGUGUUAAGAUUGGUAAUAGUGGAAUAGGCUCAGUUAUGGAAAUUAAGACCAUGUUGGAUUUGGUUGCGAAGAACAAUAUUAAAAUAUGGGUUGAAACUGUACCGAUCAGUGAGAAAGGUGUCACAGAAGUUUUUGAAAGGAUGGAGAAAGGUGAUGUUAGAUAUAGAUUUACCCUUGUUGACUAUGACAAGGAGUUUAAAUAA